AUGGGUUCCGUCGUCCUGCCGCAUCUGCGCACCGCCUGGCACGUUGACCAGGCUAUUCUGUCCGAAGAAGAUAGACUAGUGGUGAUUCGCUUCGGCCGCGACCAGGAUGUCGACUGCAUGCGUCAAGAUGAAGUUCUCUUCAAGAUCGCCGAGCGUGUGAAGCUCUUUGCCGUGAUCUACCUCUGCGACAUCGACGAGGUCCCCGAGUUCAACACCAUGUACGAACUCUUCGACCCGAUGACCAUCAUGUUCUUCUACCGGAACAAGCACAUGAUGUGCGAUUUCGGCACCGGUAACAACAACAAGUUGAACUGGGUGCUCGAAGACAAGCAGGAGCUCAUCGAUAUUAUCGAGACGAUCUACAAGGGCGCGAAGAAGGGUCGCGGUCUUGUUGUCAGCCCCAAGGAUUACUCGACUAGAUACCGGUACUAG